AUUCAGGACAAUUUGCUUUUUAUCUGACAUAAUACCAGUAUAUAUGACAUACACUGAAAAGUCUUAAGCACCUUUUAUUCUUCACAAAUCUUCGAUAUCUGAUGUAGAUCGUGAACUUCAAACGAUAUAAAUGUACUUUCUAGUGAACCUGUUAAUCCAUUAAUCGGUUCUUUUGUCAUACACAAAAUGCCACAUUAGAUGGUGUUUGUUUACGUCCUUUAGUGAUCAUUUAAUAUUUCUCGGUCUGAAGCAAACAGGUGAUAAUUAGCCUGAGACUUUUGAGCGAGAUUUGCCGCGGUUAUUCUCCAAAUAAAGUUUCUACGCGUAGUCCUAAUUCGACAGUCCAGGAACUGUAAUAACCGAUGAAACACUCGAAAGUGAAAAUCCAUGCACUCGAAACAACCUACGUACAAUACAAUUUCGAUUCCUACGACAUAUCGACUUGGCGAGAACACGACCGUACCGCGUCAUAAUAACCAGAACCUUAAACGCCAUCGGUGACAAUGAUGCACCGUAAGCUUCUUCCGACCUCGUCGUGCACCAGGAAGCGGUGACGUUGCCAAGACCCGAUCCUGAGGAGCGUGCCGAACUUCGCCAUUCCGAAUAAGCGAGGGACAAAUUUACGUAAUACUCUACCACUCUCUCCUCUUCGUCUCUUCCUUCCUACUGGUUCCUUUCUGUUCCUCAUCGCAGCACGGAUUAUUCGUUUUCGUACACGACAGAGAGAGAGAGAGAGAGAGAGAGAGAAAUAGAUAUCGGUAGAAAAGAGGAACGAGGUACGAAGAGUUUGGAGGAAGAGAGGCAGAGAUAGAUGUAGAAUGGUCGGAGAGUGUAGCUCACCACCGCUGCCCGGUAUUUUUAGUGCGACGAGAGUAUUUGGCGGGGCGCACCGAAUCCUCCUCCUCGUCUUCGUGAACGGUCGACGUCGGCCGUCGUCUCCGUGACCGCCGUUGUGGUCGUGCUUCUCUUUAGUGCCUUCGUCGGCGUCCCUGUUGCACGAUGCUCGCACCUACGGCCGAGUGAUGAACCUGCGGCCAGGUCCGCGUCGAAAUUCUCCGGCAAUCGUCGCUGGAUCGCUUUUCUAAUCUUCCGAGUAAUCUGUAUAAUCCUUCAAUCUCUCGUUCGUCUUCUGUAUAUUGGCGCGCGUGUGUGUAUGUGUGAUUUUGCAGUUGAAUCUGUGAGUCGAUUGUUGUUUCUCGCAGCCGUUGUGCGAUACAGGGUGAAGAUACGUCGCUUGUGUCACGCUGAGAACACUCCGCAAGCUCUAACGGCACGACCUUGAAGCCUGUUGUAACCGCGGUCCGAAGAGCUGUCUCGCGUUGGAUAUUCGAGGAAACGCACGCGAGGGAAAACUGACGCGUAUCGAAUCGCGCGAUUCAAAGUGCGAAAACAAACAGAAUUACCGGAGGAAGCUGCCGUGUGGAAUGUAGUCGGGGAAGUUGAAUUCCAUUGAAUUGUUGCACGAAGAGUUUCUUAGAUCAACUUUUCUAAAAAUCGCUAUCGAAAUCAAAGACUCGGUCGUCAAUCAAACAUUGGAUCGUUGGCUGGAGAUUCUCCACGUGGCUUUAGUCGAAAUCGAAACUUUAGAAUUAACAAUCGAUUAAUCAGAUCGUUGAAUGAACAUCUUUUUGUUGAUUUGGAUCGAAAUCGAACACUUGCAAGCACUAAAUCGUUGAACGAACAGUUUGCUAUUUGUUUCUAUUGAAAUCGAAGAUUUGGAAGCAGUGGCCAAGCACCGGACCAUUGAAUCGACAGUUUCCUAUUUGGUUUCUAUCGAAAUCUAUCGAUUACAUUGUUGGGCGAAGAUCUUCCACUUGGUUUUCGUCGAAAUCCAAGUUUUGGAAGUAUGAACUAGUUACUUAGACGAGGAAUUUUGUAUUUGCUUCUGACAGGUAUCGUUAAACCAUCGAUCAAACUGUUGGAAGAUUUUCUACUUUAUUUUCUUUAGGUUUACUAAGAUUUCUCAUGAAGAUAAAAGGUUUGAAAGAAUCAACCAAUCGAGCGGAUAAUUGGACGAAGAUUUUCAACUUACCUUUGACAGAAAUCGAAACCUUACAACUGUAGAUCGAUUAAUCGGCCUAUAGAGAAUUUUCUACUUGAUUUCCAUCGAAAUCGAAGGUUUAUAAGGAUUAAUCAGAACAGAUAACCGCGUGGGCGUCGAAACUGUGUCUCGAUGUUCAUCUUCGCGCCACGCGACAACAUGUCGACGUCUCGUCAAGGUUCGACGGGUCGGCGAAGUCGAUACGCGCGCUCUUCGACCACGACGAGCGUCACUCAGCUCCUCAGCGACUCGUGUUCGAAUCUCCUACAACGAUUAACCACCAGAGUACGAGGAAUGUCUACGGUGAACGACAACGUGGGGAACAAACCAUCUGUUACAAGACCAUCGCCGAUCGUCAGUCAAUUGAACAGCGCAAGAGCGCGUUUAGAGGACAAGUACUGUACAAUCCUUGACAAAUAUUCGAGAAAGAAGCAUCACGAUCACACGGAUCGACCGUCCAUCGAGUACAGACGCACUCGCGAACGAGAUCGAGAUCACGCUUAUUAUCGUCGCGAAGACAGCCCGUUUGUCCGCGACGAGAAGACCCUGGAACCUUCGAUGACCCGAACCGUGAUCAAGAGCCAAACCAACGUAGUGCUCUCGGAAAAAGCGUAUCCCUUCGUGAGGUCUCCCACCGCGAAAGAGUUCAAACGCGAGAAAACACCCGGCUAUCAUCGUGUAGACAAACACGCUUUACAAAAUUCAGACGCAUAUCGUAGAUACGGAAGACACAAAUCUGGCCAUGCGGAGACGCGUACGAGAAAAGUGAGGCCGUAUAGAAACGGUAAAAGCGAGCAACUGGAAUCUUCGUCCGGUGCUCUUCGAAUAGUUCGACCGAUGAAAGUGGAGCCUUUGGUGUCGAAGGAGAAGAAGGACGAUGAUCCUGACAAGACACCAACGAGUAGCGUAGUUAGAGAAAACGUCAACGAUGUCAGCGUCCUUCCGAUCAUCGAUUCCGAGGAAAGUGAUCCAGCGAUCUCCGAGAGAGUAGCGAAGAGGAAGGAGAUACAGAGUUUGAUCGAGAAGUACGCUGCCAUGGAAGAGACUUACAGUCAAUUGGCUGCAGGAGGUCAAGUGAAGAUGAGGCCUAGCACCACAGAUAUAAUCGCCAGCAAGUAUAGGAAGAGUACUCGUCAAAGCGAGCGAAAAGACGCGUCGAAGAGCGCAAUGGCCGCGAGUGUCGUUAACAACAACGCGGACACGGUCCAGCACGCGAUUAGCCCACGACCGCCCUCCGUCGAGGACGACGAAGACGGCCACCUUGUUUACCAAUCCGGCGACAUCCUGGCAAAUAGAUAUAAAGUACUGGCCACCCUAGGAGAGGGUACUUUUGGAAAAGUUGUCAAGGUUAAGGACUUGCAAAUGGAUCACGUGAUGGCGCUGAAAAUCAUCAAGAACGUAGAGAAGUAUAGAGAAGCCGCGAAGCUCGAAAUAAAUGCCUUAGAGAAAAUUGCGACCAAGGAUCCGGAAGGCCAACACUUGUGUGUGAAAAUGCUCGAUUGGUUCAAUUAUCACGGACACAUGUGCAUCGCCUUCGAAAUGCUUGGGCUUAGCGUCUUUGAUUUCUUGUAUCUACAGAGGGAUAAUAGUUACCAGCCUUAUCCAUUAGAACAUGUCAGGCAUAUUGGGUAUCAACUUUGCUACGCCGUCAAAUUCUUGCAUGAUAACAAACUUACGCACACCGAUCUGAAGCCAGAAAAUAUAUUGUUCGUAGACUCCGAUUAUGAGACCAUAUAUAGUAGCAAAAAGCGGAGAGACAUUAGGCGCGUAAAACGAACAGAUAUUAGACUCAUCGAUUUCGGUAGUGCUACAUUCGACCAUGAACACCAUAGUACGAUCGUUAGUACAAGACAUUAUAGAGCGCCCGAAGUAAUUUUAGAAUUAGGAUGGUCUCAGCCUUGUGACGUAUGGUCGAUUGGCUGCAUCCUCUUCGAAUUGUACCUGGGUAUUACCUUAUUCCAAACACACGACAACCGCGAGCACUUAGCGAUGAUGGAACGUAUACUUGGCACGAUUCCACAUCGUAUGGCCCGUAAGACUAAAACUAAAUACUUCUAUCAUGGCAAAUUAGAAUGGGACGAGAAGAGCUCAGCCGGUAGAUAUGUACGUGACAAUUGCAAACCUUUACACCGUUGUAUGCUUUCGGACGAUGAAGAACAUCGACAACUAUUCGAUCUCGUCCAAAAAAUGUUAGAAUAUGAACCUUCUCAAAGGAUAACACUAAAGGACGCGCUGGCACAUUCUUUCUUUGAUGCGUUACCUGCACAUCAAAGAUUACCAGAUCUUCGGGCAGCAGGCGAUUCUCAACAAAGUCAUGAACGAUCACAUUCUCUCUCACGAUGAAGCUAGGAAAGGGACCGACUUCCGUACUGGACAGACACUCUACGGUCAACGACGUUAUUGUCCCACGUCGUUAAUCUGAUAAGUCUUAUAAGACUGUAUCUUUCCGGUUAUAACAAGAUUCGAUGACAUAAACCGAAUAACUAAACGAAUUUAAACAAGUAGAUAAAAAGAAAGGAAAAGAAGAAAAAAGGCUCGAAAUUUUAUUAGAAAAUGUAAUUAAAUUUGUUAGCAACGAUCAACGACGUUGAUUAAAUUGCAAAAUUGUAUUGUUUAUUAACAGUGUAAAAUAAAAGAAAAAAAGCAGUAGUACAAUGGUGCUGUGGGACUCAGAUUCGAUAUAAUUUAUGAUAGAUUAUCGAGAAUGAUCACAUGAAAAAUACACCAAGUUACCAUUCUUAUCUCCAAUUGCGAGAUAUUAAAAUUGGUAGAUGACGUAAUGUGACUUGACGAGGUAGGUCCCUAUUAAUGGUUUGCAUAAAGACCAGCGUGUCUGCUCAGUGUAGGGUUAUAAAGUCCCGCGACACUGUUAACAUUUUCUAAACGCUCUUCUGUACAUUUUAUCCCUUAAUUUUAUUACAAUGUUAUUAUGCAACAAAGUUUGGAGUAAAGAAGGGUCGCAGUUUAUACUCUGUUUGUUAUAGAUUGAUGACCAUGGCGUGUUUAGUAGUAAGAAAAAGAUUUAGCAUUAAGAAAUAAGUAAAUAUAUGCGUACGUGUUGACACUAAGAUUAACGAAAAAGAGAAAGUGAGAGCGAGAAAGGGAGGGAGUGUGUGAGAAAGAAAUUCAUUGGACGCCAAUUCAUCGUCGUAAAAUACAAGUGUUAAUGUUUUCAGAAAGCAUCAAAAUACCGCAUAUACGAUUUAUUUUAGAAAAUGCGCUAGAUCAUUUUUAGAAACUUUUGGAUAAAGCUGAUGAAAACUUGUUUCAUUUUUUUUCCUUUUUGGUUUAAUGCAUAUCUAAAUUUUGUGCAUAAUCUUACGAUAUUACAGACAAUCAUGUGUAUUUUACGUUUCAUCAAUCCGAUCAGAAGGCUGAAAUGGAUUGAUUGAAUGGCACCUCCUAAAUACUGAGAAUUUUACGCGUGCGUCGCAUAUAAUCCUUAAGAAUAAAUGCGAACUCACGUACCUAAGAACGCCUCUGCUUUUAUUUUGUUUAAUGGAGGAAUAAGUUCU